CUGACCGCUUGCAUCGCAUGCGCAGGAGUCCCGUGGAUCAUUUCCUCUCAUUCGGAGAUCCAUCCGGUUCUCCCGUCCGGGCGCGUGACGUGAGCGUCAGGAGCAGGUAGCUUGGAGUUUGUGGGCGUGCGUGUCCAUGCGUGUGCGCAGUAGCCGAGAAGGCAAGCGAGAUCGAGAGGCGGGAUUUUGCGCCCUCGUGGAGCUUUCCAGACGCAGACGAGCGAACCUGCACUUUACGCCUCCUCCUCCUCCUCCUCCUGAGCGGAUUUGAUGGAUGUUUAAACGAGCGGAUGGGAUGCCAGUUUAUAGCAUCGUCGCAAAAUUCCCCGACACGUCCGGUGAUUCCAUCCAGCUCCCAGCAGAAGGCGAAGUUCUGACCAUGACCGACAACAACGCCCCCAAAUCGGCUAAAAAGCCCCGCUGGACCUCUCUGGAGGUCGGUCUCAUCGCUGUCGUCUCCUUGCUCUUCAUCAUUGUCGUGGCCCUCAUCAUCGUCUUUGCCACUCUGCAGACAGACGAAAUCUGCACUACGGCUGACUGCACUCGUUCGGCGGCUCGCCUGAUUGAAAACAUGGAUGCCAGUCUGGAUCCUUGUGACAACUUCUACCAAUACGCCUGCGGAGGGUGGCUCAAAAAGAACAUUAUCCCAGAGACCAGCCCGAGAUACAGUACCUUUGCUGUCCUGCGAGAUGAACUGACAGUUGUCCUCAAAGGUGUUCUUGAAAAAAAUGUGGAAGGCGAAGCAGAAGCUCUCAGCAAGGCUAAGACCCUGUACAAGUCCUGCACUAAUGAGAGUUUAACUGAGCAAAAAGGGGGUACUCCUUUGCUCAUGACACUGCCUGACGUGCUUGAGUGGCCCAUGGCUGUGGACAACUGGGACACAGACUAUGGUAAAAGGUGGCGGGUGGAGGAUGUGAUAGCCAAGUUGACCGUGAAAUACCAAAAUCCACUCUUGGUCUCCAUGUACGUUGAUGUCGAUGAACAGGACUCCAAAUCGCACAUUAUUCAUUUUGAGCAGCAGCACAGCCUCGACCUCUGGUCCAAAAGUUACUAUACUUGUAAUGGAUCCUACGAGGAGGCCUGCCGGCUGUACGAGCUGUUCGUGAUUGACCUGGUGAAGCUGAUCCGCAAAGACCGAGGUCUGUCCUUCAACGAGACGCUGGUCAGAGAGGAAGUGACUCGGAUUAUGGAGUUGGAGAAAGGCAUUGCCGAGGCUAACGAUCCCCCAAGUGUCUCGAGCGAUCGAGAGUUGCGUUACAACAAGAUGGAACUUGGUGAUCUCAACGCUAAUUUCACCCUUGAAGUUGACUCGAGGCUCUUCAACUGGAGCUAUUUCACCGCCCAGAUAAUGAAUACAGUCAACAUCACUGUCACAGAAACAGAGGAGGUCAUAAACCUAAACCCCAACUAUUUCAUAAGGCUCAACCAACUGUUGGGCAGAUAUACAAAGAGGGAUGUGCAGAACUACUUGAUGUGGCGUUUUGCUUCGCAGAUGGUGGUGCACCUGAGUAAGGCAUACAGGGACACAGCCAAAGCCUUCAAAAAGGCAAUGAAUGGUGCAACAGCAGAGGAACCGGUGUGGCGUCAUUGUGCAGGUUUUGUCAAUGUUGCCAUGUAUAAUGCCGUGGGGCGACUGUAUGUGCAGGAGGCGUUCUCCGACAACAGCAAAAAACUGAUGGAAGAGAUGAUUAAAGAGAUCCGAGAUGUCUUUAUCAGUAACCUCAAGGAACUGACAUGGAUGGAUGAAGUCACGAAAAAAGCAGCGGAGGAAAAGGUUAGAGCUAUCCGGGAACAAAUUGGCUACGCUGACAACAUCAUGGACGACAAAUACCUCAAUGACGAGUACAAAGAUCUGAACUACAGCGCGGAGGAGUUCUUUGAAAAUAUUGUGCAAACGGCGACCUUCAACAACAAGAAAAUCCUGCAAAAACUAAGAGUGGACGUCAACAAAGAUGAGUGGGUGUCAGGAGCAGCAAUCAUUAACGCCUUCUACUCAUGGCGAAAAAACAUCAUAAUAUUCCCCGCUGGUAUCCUGCAGCCGCCGUUCUUCAGUAAAGGGCAGGCCAAAUCUCUCAAUUACGGAGGAAUCGGCAUGGUCAUUGGCCACGAGGUCAUGCACGGCUUUGACAACAUCGGUCGUAAAUAUGACAAGAAUGGCGACCUGAAGGACUGGUGGACGGAGGACUCGGCUCAAAGGUUUUUGGAGCUGUCUGCGUGCAUUGUCGAUCAGUACGCCAACUUCUCUUGGGACCUGGCCAACGGACUUAAUCUAAAAGGUAACAACACCCUCGGGGAGAACAUUGCUGAUAACGGAGGAGUUCGCCAGGCUUAUCAGGCCUAUAAGAACUAUGUGAAGAAACACGGUGAGGAGGCACUGCUGCCAGGUCUCAACCUUAACCACGAUCAGCUCUUCUUCCUCAACUUUGCUCAGGUGUGGUGUGGAACACGACGGCCAGAAGAUGCUUUGAAUUCCAUCCAAGUCGAUCAACAUAGUCCAGGAAAAUUCAGGGUGCUGGGCUCCCUUCAGAACUUUCCAGAGUUUGCCAAAGUGUACGGCUGCAAUAGAAGCAGCUACAUGGUCUCGGACAAUGUGUGCCGCGUGUGGUGAUCCGCAAAGCUCUGUGGGCCUGUGUGGACUGCCUCAUAAGUCCUAGGACCUAAUAUGGCAAGUGGGAGCCGACCCAUCCUGACGGAGUAGGGCUGCCAUGAGUGCACUUCCUCGGAGAUGAGCGGCGCUGGCUAUGAAGCUCCACAAAUAAACAGAAGUGAGCAUCACUCCUGCCCUUACUAGACUCAACCAACAAUCAGUCUUUGUCUUAUUGUUUUUUUUUUCUUUUCUUUGUAUUCUGUACUGCACAGGGGUUAAUGUAAUCCAACCCACUGUCUUAUAAAUACACCAAAAGCCCACUCAGACUCAUAAAAGAGGGCUGAACCACUUUGUCGUUACAUAGAACGGUCAUCAGCCUUCAUUUCAUGUUCUCUCUCUGCUAAUACAUACUGUAGGUGAGAUCAAUAUUUACAGAAAAUAUGAGUAUACUUUGCCAAAUAGCGCAGUAUAUAUGUAACCUACCAUUCCACCUUUUACAAGUGCUCUCGUACUGAGUUUGUCCCACAUUUAAUACCAAUACAGUACUGUACUGUAUGUGAAACAAAUACAACGACAGACACUUAAGAUCCUCUCAUUGUCAUUGAGAUGACAGUCGACACUCUGUUUAGGCCGUUCCAUUCGUUGCUUUGUCACAACAACGGCUGCCUGCUCGAUCUCGCGCAAAUCGCCAUGCCUUACAUAACCUGUGGUGCCACAGUUAGGGUAUGAUCAGGGUUUAAGGUAAAUUUUAUUCAAGAGUCAACAGAAUUUAGUGUCAAUUCUGGAGUAAUGUACCAAAUAUACAGAGAAUGUUUCUCUGAAAUGUUAGAAUUAGAGUUAAACCUUGGUUAUGUUUGGAUACGGGGUUAGGAAUACCGUUAAGUUACGGUUUUGUUGAGUUAUGCUUGGGCCAUUGAAUUGAUAACAACUGGACUAUACUGAUUUCGCCUCUUCUCCAAGCAGGCUUCAUCAAUUCAUGUACCAAGGCUUGACAGAACAACUCUUGUCUGAGUGUUGAUAUGGAAAAUCAAGUAUUUAUACUUAAAAACUAGAGGCAUGCUCCAGCCAAGAGUGUUUUCAGUCUUUUGGGGCGAACUCCUAUUGUUAAAGUACACUGGAUACUUGGGUUUCCACAUCAACUUUUAGGUUAGUGUUUUGAAGUUUCGUUGUUACUAAUGAAGGUGAGUCCACGCAAAUAAGUUGUUGGUGGACAGAGGUCUCUCUGUAACACAUCUUUUACGAGGGUAGUUUUGGAUCCAAAGACAAUGAAACCAUUCUUGGUUUGGGCGUGCCUCUAAUUUAGAAAAUACUUUGGUUUCCGCACCAACAGCUGUCCCAUGGACCCUUAGUGCAUGAAUUCAUAAAGCCUUCACAGAUAAGAAGCAAAAUGGCUUCUAAGACAACAAGAACAUGACAGUUACGAUCAAUUCAAUACCCUAAAGAGCCAAUGACCUGGAUGAAUGAAAAUAUUCACAGUAUGGUUAAUGAAUUAUGGUUUAGGUUUAGGGGUUACAGUUGCAACUAAGGUUAAUGGAUGGGUUACCGUUUGGAUUUCAGCGAAUAGGGUUAAUUGUUAAAAGGUGACCUUUAAGCCACCUCAACAAGGGGAGUUGUUAUAUUUCUAUGCUGCUGCUUACAGGACACAAAGACACACACACUAGUUUUGUUUUUUUUUUUUUGUUAAAACUGACCACGUUGUUAUGAAUACACACACGCACCACAGACGUGCUGAUAUAAUUCAGGCUGAGACCAGGUGAGAGCUGGUUUGUUAAGGGUCCACUAAGUGAAGGGAUUGUUAUCUGAAAAGGGGAGUCACUCGGUUUCUGAAUCCCACGAGAGAAGGAAGAAAGAUCAGUGCUCGCUGAAUGCUUCAAACUCAAUCAUAUGUUUGAAAAACUUUAGUGUAUCAGGAUUCUAAUUUGGAAAAAAAUGCACCGCAAAGAACUUGGAAUAAGGUAUUCCAUCAAGCCUGGGCAACCCAGGCCUUGUUUGGAAUUCCUUACAGGAGGUUUGCAGUUAGGGUUAGGUGGUUACUGUUAAAACCUAGUUUGAGCUUGGGGUUUGCAAUUAGGGUUAGUUCUUAAGGGGUGGGUUUUGAGUUAGUGGUUAGGGUAUAGAUUAUGGGUAUGGAUUAUGGUUAGGGUAAUUAGGUUUGAGGUUAGAUGGUAGUUAAGGGCAUCGGGUUAGUGAGUUAGUGAGUUAGAGCAGUGAUUCCUAACCAGAAUGUAUGGUAUGCGGUGAGAGAUUAUCAUAAAUGCUGGGGGAAACAAUCCAGUUUUACUUAAAGUGGCUAAAUAGAAUGAUUACACUAUUUUUAUUAUUACUUGUUCAUUAAAAAAAUCUUUGUUGAUCUAUGUAUGCCAGGAACAUUUAGUGACAGGCAACAAUGACAUGAAUGCCAGAAAAUACGGUAAAUCUGUCUUGACAUUCAUUCAAAAGAAUAAAUCAUGGCUUCCUGCAUGUUUAGCAAAUCAAAUUUCACCCAAAGUACAUACAUUUUAUAUAACACGAGACAAGAUCAUCAUUAUUUCAGUGUUCAUACUUUUUGUGAUUUUUAACUUUAGCAGUGUGCUGUGAGAUUUUCAUGCAAAAUGGGUGCCUUGUUAGAGCGUGUGUGGUUAGGGCACAGGUUAGGGUUUAGUGUCGGGACAGUUGUGGUUAGGGAUUGGGUUUGGGGUUCAGGUUUGGGAUUGAGGUUUGGCAGUUAGAGUUAGUGAGGUGGUUCAUUAUUAAGCAUUCGCAGUAGUGGUUGAGGGUAUAGUUAGUGGUGAGGCGUAUUACAGAGGUCCUACAAAAAAAUUCAGGUUUUGAUGUUUGGUGCAACAGAGAAAGUGGUUUUGUGAGUGGAGAACAGUGUGAGGGAAUUCACAUCCCAGAGGCUCAAUACCUCUUUCAUCAAAUGGCUAUGGUAUAAUAUUAUUAUUAUGAUUGAGCUGUGAGCAAAGAGGAGGACGUUAACAGUGUUGUAACACAUGCUGUUUUUCAAGUUGAAAAACAAAUGAUAUUUUCUUUCAUGAACUUUGUGCCAGUUUUGGGGGGUCUUUGUGGCCUCAGGAGCACUUGGGUUUAAAAGACUUCAUUUCAGGAAAUUUUUCCUCUUGCUGGUCACAACAUUAGGUACACCCGCACAUCAUAAGAGAAUCCUAUAAAAGCUGACUGUCGAAAUAAAGCAUUGUAAUCUUAUUAAAAGAAAAUACUGGGUACAAAUCUUGUAUCGUGCCUGUGCUGGAGUAUCUAUGAUAUGAACAUCUGCAAAAGUCAUGGAAAUAAUGCCACAAUGACCCUAAUUUAAGGGUUAAAGGCACCUAACAAACAAAAUAUUAGUUUAUUUUUUUGGGGGGGAGGAAUCAUAAUCUCAUAUUUGAUGGCUUUUCUACUGGAACCUGUGUGUCUGUUGGUGUCUCAAGGUUGUGCUCUUUUGGGACUUUUCUGAUUCACAUGGAACUGCACGCUGCAAUAAAAAAGUCCUUUGCCUUUUUUAAAAAGAUCAUUCCAAACAGUUCAAUGUUUCUCUGUUAUCCAUCCACACAUUUGUGUCAAUCAUUCGCUCAGGCUUUCUGUCUCCCAGCUUCAUUUCACCUGUAAAAAGACAGAUAUACCUCAGUUGCCUGUAUUUUUUUUUUUGUAAUAUAAUAAUCAUGUUGAAGAGCAUCUUUUCCCCCUUUCAAAAUAAAACAUUUCAAUGACUUAA